AUGGAGACAACAUCGGUUAAUUUAGAUGAUUUUACUUGCAGUAUUUGUCGUGAGAUAUUCCAUAUCCCGAAAAACGGUUUCUGCAGUUCAUCCACCGAAUCCAAUCCACUCUCAUCGUUUCGAAGUGGAAGUUUUAGUCAUUCAUCUCAUAUUCACCAGCCGAAUCAAAUAUUUACUUGUGCGAUUUGCCGAAAAGAAUCACUGGGUUACGUACGGUAUCGUGAACUAGAAAAUCAAUUAGAUACCUUGGAAACGAAAUGUCCGAAUUGUACAGUAGUAUGUACAUUGACACAGUUGAGGAAACAUUUAGAAAUUUGUACACCAAUAAGACAACAUUAUGCAAAAGAUAAUUCAGACACGAAACCUGCGAAUCUUGACAGAGAAUUAUCAGAUUCUCAAGCAAAAGCCUUACAAAAAGCACAAGAAGGUGAAAAUCGUUCCACGUUUCAAUGUCCAUUCUGUCCGAGAGCGAAUUUUACUCUGACUCAUCUUCGUCAACAUAUUAAGAAAAGACACCGACAAGAAGAUCAACGUCGCGUCUGUCCGAUUUGCUCUUCAAUGCCAUGGGGUGACAAAACCAUGGUUACAUCUAAUGUCUAUCAGCACAUUAAAAGCCGUCAUAAAUUUGAUUAUGAUACUUAUGUAAACUAUGAACAAGACGAAGAAAUGAUGAUGCGUGAAGCGUUACAAGCAUCCCUUCUGUAUCAAUAG